AUGGAGCAGCAGCAGGAGCAACAGCAGCCCCAGGGGCCCCCGCCUCCAUCUGCAAACACGGAUGCGUCUCAGGGGGCCCAACAUUUGCUCGCAGCAGCGCCCAAAGGGCCCCCUCCAGCACAAGAGGCAGACCCCCCUCGUAAGCGUCGUCUUCUGUUCCCCAAGGCGCGCCCGAAGAAGAUGCAAGAAUUCUUGGGACGUCGGUUGAACCCACCUGCUGAUUCUAGUGAAGCAUCGAAGUUUCGAGCGGUUGAUGUAGAUGCUACUGCUGCAUCUCAGCCGCAACCGCAGCAGCAGCAGCAGCAGCAGCAGCAACCAGCAGCAGGGGGUGACACCAGCGGAAGCGCAGAAGGAAGAGUAAGCGUUCGCCGCUCUUUCGAAGACGCAAUGGCAACAACGAGAGGAGCAGAGAACUCUCAACAGACGCAAACCACUUGCGCGGGGACAGCAGCAGCAAAAACCGAUGCAGAAGCAGCAAGAAAAGAAGCAGCAGCAGCAAAGGAAGGCGCAUUGCGUUCUGACCGUCUACACAUGAAAGUUGAUGGUGCUGCAGCAUCCUUGAGUUCAGAUAUAGAAGCAAACAACACAGCUCGAUGUGCCUCUUCAGCUCGCACCACCACACCAGCAGCACCCCAGGCAACAGCAGCAACAGCAGCCGCAACAGCAGCAACAACAGGCGUUUCAGCAGCAGUUGCUGCACCAGGAGCAGCAGCAGUAGCAACUUCUGAUGGUCUCUCCGCUUCAACAGCUCUGCUGGAUUCUUCUUGCUUGGGUGUGCAGCGGCUGACUCUGAAGUCGCCCACAGGCAACCAGGGGGGAGAAGUUACUGUAAAUGCUGCUGAUGCUGAGAUAGGUUUAAGGGGGGUCAGCAAGAGCCCCCCAGAGAAGAGGCCGUCGUCUGGGGCUUGCGAUACAGCAGAGGUAGAUAUGGCGCUGCCUGCGUUGGGGGAGCUGGGGGAUGGGGGGCUGGGGCCCCUGAAAGUUGAAGACUUUUCAGGUAUCCCGCUAGCCGCUCGCCUCCAAAGUAAAGUAAUUAAACAGAGGGCGCAUGGGUGCGACGAGGUGGUGGGGUGUCUAGACAGCUGCUCUAGCUGCGAGGAGAGGGUUAAACUAUGGGAGGAACUGAUGAAACCUCACUUUAGUUCGAUUAUAAAGGAUACAAAUGCUCUCAUGGGCACCAAAACAGUUGAAUUGCUUCAGGCGCUUGUGGGCUGCACGUCAGCUAGGAAUGCAGCAGCAGCUGGUACUGCUGCUGCCUUUCCUGCUUCUGCAGCACUACCGCUGCUGCAGCAGCAUGGAAAGCAAAUCAUAUCGCAGAUCUUGUCGAACCCGAAACACUUCUCUUGCUGCUGCGACGUGUUGCUGCAGCUCAGUCGGGCCUCAGAAGCCUGUGUAGUUGAAACUACAAAUCUCUUAGCCGCGAGCUGCCAGGCAUUGCUAGCAGAGAAAAAGGGAAAUGUAGCAGCAAUAAAAGGCCAGGGCAUUCGGGUUAUAGGCAGCAGCCUGGAGCUGCUGCAAAAGAUGCUUGAGAGCUUCGGCCUGCAGCUUGUUGUUGCUGUGGGGGGCGUGCAGAAUCUUAUAAACCCAUUUGGCGCGUUUGCUGCCUGCAGCGACAAGAGGGUUCGAGGGGCCCUCUCUUCUGCUGCUGCUGCUGCAGUAUACUUCACAGGGGCUGCAGCAGGAGACGUAGCUGCUGCUGCAGCAAAGAAGACCAUCCUUGAGAGCCUGAAAAGCAGCAAAUCCAUGCAGACAGAAGUGGAGAAACUCAUCGAAAAAUAUCAGACUGAGCCGCCGCCUCCCCCCUCUCUCACGAUUGCAGGAAUGGCAGUUGAAGGCCAGAGUGCAGAGGGCCCCCAGACAGGUGGGAGCAACCGAGGCGGGCAGAAAGGGGGGGGAGGGGCCCCCUCCUCUCUGGCUUCGCGGCUCGUGACUGAGACAGAUGUGUUGAAGACAGUUUGUCAGCAGCAAACAGAUUGGGUCGUCAGAGCAACAGAAGGAGUUCUGCCGGCAGCAGCAAGAGACAAAGAGGCAGAAGAACCCCCAUGGAAGGUCAAGAUGCAGGCCUGGCAGCAACUUGAGACCGCAUUGCGAGACUGCGUGUGUCUGUACAAGAAGAACCCGUUUCUGCAUCAACAACUGCUGCCGCUGCUGCACCGCGUGCUUGCAGCGGAGCCGACUCUCCCUGUGGUGACCUGCGCCCUGAAGACGCUGCAGAUGCUUGUGCAGCUGCUGCUACAGCCAGCUGGGGGAGACGGCUCGCAGCAGCUGCAGCAGCAACUGCAGCAACAACUGCGGGUACUGCUGCCGGACGCUCUAGCGAAGUUGAAGGUCAACAAUAGGCCGGUGCAGUCGGCUGCAUGCGCUUGCAUUGGGACUUAUCUUUCUUGCAUUCCCCUAGACGUUGUGGUGGGAGAUUUGUUGCCAAUUAAAGAGAAACUAGCGCACUAUCAGAAGCUGCUCCUCGACGAAAUAACUAAAGCUGUUGAACAGCAGGCAGGCAGUGCCUCGGCAUUGCAAAGGGUUGCUGCGCAGCUCCUUGCUGCAGGCCGGACAGCAUCAGAGGACGGCAACGCGGCGGUGAGAGCAGCAGGAGUGGGGCUGAUUGCUGCUGUUGCCAAGCAUGCACAGGGCUCUGCUGCAGUGGGGGAAGCGAUGCAGAAGCUGUCUGAACCCAAACGACAGCAACUGCAAAAGGCAAUGGCAGCAGCAGGCUCAGCAGCAAAAGGACAACAGCCUCAGAUAUCUUCUCCUCGCCGCCCGCCGAACCAAGGAGCUCCCACUCCAGGCGUCCCGUUUUCGCGCAUGCGUAGUCGCGGUGCUGCUGCCGCCACAACAGGGGCAGCGACAGGAACAGCAGCAGCAGCAGUGCAGGCCACUGCUGCUGCUCCUGAGAAGACAGGUGGAACGGUGGCUACUGGGCUUACUAGAAGCACCCUACGCAGACAAGCCAGCGCGUCUGUUGGCAAUCUCAGUGCAAGGGGCCCCCUGCAGCGCAUUGGCUCGGCAGGGGCAGCACUUGUGGGCCCCUUAGGGGCAGGUACCCAUGGGGCCCCUGCAGCAGGAGGCCAGUGGGAAGCGCCGCAUGCAGCCACGGGGCUAGACGAGGCGGAGAUAAAGACCAGAGAGCUGCUGCCUGCCGAACUGCUGCAGAACCUGGAGGCCCCUGCGGGGCUCGAGCGGAAAAGGGCAUAUGAAGCGCUUGAGCAGUGGUUUCGCCGGCCGUGUGACUGCAAUCUCUGCAGAGUUGAAAACGGAGAAAUGGAUACUGAAGAGGGGUCCACAAACACAACAAAUAACAGCAGCAGCAACAGCAGCAGCAGCUGCUGUCGACUCGAACUGCUACGAACGUCCGCUGUUCAUGUUUUGCUGCACUUGCGCUCUAAGAUGAGAGGCUUCAGGGAGCGAACUGCCGCUCUAGAAGAUGCAUGCAUCACGUCUCUGCAGGCCGUCUUGGGGGGUUUGCUGCCUCCAGAAGAAGCUUCCACAGUGGUAGCAGCAGCAGCAGCAGCAGCAGCAGCAGGAGGGAAGGAAGCAGCAAAUUUGGGGAAACUGAACACGUACAGGAGCCAAGCCCCAAGAGGGCGGCAACUGCCGCCUGUUGAUAAGGCCAUUGUGAAUGUUGUAUUAGAGCCUCUGGGUGACCGCCUGGGAGACCCGCGGGUGGGCAGCACCAUCAUGACCAUUGGUCUUCUACUGGCGAAGUGCGUAGAGACACCGACGACCGUUGCUGCUCAGCUCGCUCUCCUUGCCGAAGGGCGGGUAGGGGGAGGCCGCAUCAUGCACGGUGUCUGUCAGCUGCUCGAGCAGCUGCUGCAGCUCUGGGGGCUGCCGGCCUUUACUCCACCCAAGCAGUUGCUGAUGAUUGUGCGGCAGAUGCUGGAACCGAGCAAGGGACCGCGCUCAGUCGUAUUCCCCUUGUUGAAGCGUUUGCAUGCGGAGCUGGGUGAUAAAACAAUGACCGCAAUGCUCGUUGCCCAUCCCCUGCCGGACGACGUGAAGCACGCGCUCAAGCAGCAACGACAGCAGCAGCAGCAACAGCAGCACCAGCGGGACCCGCAGCAACAACAUGCACAGCUCACCUCGGAGGACUCUGGACCUACAUGGGAGCUUGCAGUCGCUGCGCUGACGGCCGGGGCUGCUGCUGCUGGCUCAGCAGUUGCUGCUGUGGCCUGCCCCGAUCCCCCCUCGUCAGCUGAUGCUCCGUGCGUCUCGGUUGCGCCCUACAUCACCUCUGAUCUGCUGCAGCGCCUGCAGCAAGGCCAAGAUGAAGAAACGGUCCUCAAGGCGUUGAACGAGCUCAUGCACAUUUUUGUAAACAAGGUUGCGGGGAGAGUCAAGCCUGAAGGGCUGAGCGGGCUCGUGUCGCUGUUGCGAAAGCGGCUUGGGGACCCGUCUGCGUCUGUGCGGCGGCACGUGCUGCUGACUUUGGUUAUUUUCUGUGAGCGACUGGGGGUCGAGCCCCCGCCCCAAGAUGGCAGUGCAGUGUCUCCUCUUCCUGCUGCCCGCGUCUACAAGCAGUUGUUACCUGCUGCUGCUGAAUGCCUCUGCGAUGCUGACAAAAAGGUUAUGCAGGCAGCGUACAUCGCAACGGCUAAAUGGAUGACUGCUUUGGGACUCGUGGAUUCAAUGACGCUACUGAACCCCUUCCUCUCCAGCAGCAGCACCGGCAGCAGCAGCAGCAGCAACUCAGGAGCAACAUCUGUCUCUCAAAGGCCAUUCGCGGGGGCAGUUCUGCGUCGGGCCUUCUCCGUCGGCUUAUCGGGAGUCAUGCUGCAGCACAGGAACACCAAGAUAAGAGAGGCGCUGUUUGCUCUGUUUUGUGUUGCCCUGCCUGUGGAGCCCUCACAGAAGUCUGCGUUGCUGUCGUCCCUUGUGCCUCACCUCCUGGAUGCGGUCGUCCCGCAGCUCCGCGGAGAGGGUGCUGCAAGCUCUUCUGCCGCCAGCGCCAUGCUGUCCCUCCUUGUGCACGACGGCUGUUCGCCUGAGUCAAUCGUAGAAGCGAUGCAGCUGAGACUUCAAGGGCAGGGGCUCCAUCCGCUUGCAGCCCCCUCAGCGGAGGCCACACUCAACCAAAAUCUCCUUCCGGCUGAGACCCUCAAGCUCCUGCUUAAAGCACGGCAGGAAGUCCACGCUUCGCUACGGGAACCCCUCGUGAAGACGGCACUGUCGCCGACCGCAGCUACCGCAAGAAAACUGCAAGAACACCAGCAGAAAGCUAUGGAUUUUGUUUCCGAAGAAUCAACGCGUGCUACCACCCCAGCUGUUGCCCCUGAAGCGUCACCAGGAAUAACCUGUGCCGAUGCCAGUCCUAUGAUUGUCUCGACGCGCUCUCAGAGGAUCCAGAGAAGCAGUGGCUCAGGUUUUGCCACUCUUCGGCGGCAGCCCAUUUCUCUGCGGGAAGAGCUGUAUCAAGAGUUCAAGGGGCGCGUUGAAUCCAAUCUCUUGAUGCUGAUGUUUCCUUCACACGGCGCUUCUUCAGCAGCCGGGAGCAGCAAGCAAGGAGGACCCCACUUGGCGCAGCUCAAGUCUGUUUACGAUGCAUGGAAACCCCUCUUUGGCAUGGAGGGGGACGCAACCGUCCCUACCGAGCCGUCGAGCCCUCGCAUGCACCCGUUGCAAGGAGAGAAGAGCAUUACGGACUUACUUCUAAAGUGGAUCUCCCUCUGCCUGGCAGAAGUUAUACAGCAGCCGCGGACUGCUCAAACGCAGGAGUCUCUUUGUGUGCUGCUCCAGUUGCUGCAGCUGGUGAUGCAGCCAUACAAUAGCUUGCGCGUACCUCUGCCUCUCUAUGAGCAGCAGCAGAUCUUGCAACAGUUACUGGAUGCUGCUUCUGCAUGCGCUAAUACUCCCAACGCAAAGGGAACAGCAACACCAAAGCCUGCAUCGAAGCAGCCACGGCAAAUCGCGCGCGAGACCCUCCUGCUGCUAGCAGCGAUUGUAGAGGACCGUCCUAGGUUCCUGUCCACGGUUCACCGAAGUCUUAUCCGUUGCAAGAACAAAGAACUGCUGGUAGACUUGAUGGCUGCUAUGACUCGCGCCUUGGGACAGCAUGUGCAGAUCCAGUUGCAGUCUAAGACGGGUUCUGCAUCUUGCAACGAGCCACUGAAUGAUUUUCUCUCGCAACAGUGCGCUGCCCGUUUCUUCGCCCUUUUCACGGACGCAAGGGCAUCAAGCGAGCAACGCAAUUUGGCCUUUGAUUUCCUUGUUCUUUGCAACCUGACACUGAAAGGAGGCACCCUCCACUUGUUGCCUUCACUCUCUCCUGAAUGCCGGGCUCGCCUUGUGGAGGCCACGAAGCAGAUAGCGGCUUCUGGUCUUUCUCAAGGUCGGCUCGAAAGCCUGACUGCUCGCCACGGGGAUGGCUGCAGUAGUGCAGGCGAGGAAUCUACGAAUCAGCCAACUCUACCGGCAACAGCUCCUAUCGGUCCACCCUCACAGGCAGUGGAAAACGGUGCAGAUGCUGGACCCAUUGACACAAAACGCCCAGGCGCCGACCUCAGCGAUCCGAACAGCUUCAGCCUUUCGCAAACAGCCGAUGCUGAUGAUGCUUUCGACACAACGACCGCCAAGGCUGCAAAUUUGGAUUCCGCUGCGUCUGCUUUGGUACAAGCAGUGGCAGAGGCAGAUGCACUGCUGCAGACGGGAGAAGAAGAACUACGACAGCAAUCUUGUGCCCUGGAGGGUUGGCUAACCGCUGCAAACGAGCUCCGUAUGAAAAGUAAAUCAGCUGGUGCUGCCUUCGCUGUCCAUCUCGACUCAAGCCUGCGGAGGCCCAAAGGUGCUGUGCUCAAAAACGACGACACAAGCAGCCAAACGAAUGGCGAAGGGAAAAUGACAUCUAAUAUACCAGUUGAAUUGCUCUGCUGCCUCACGGCUUUAAAAACGUGGUGCGCAGAGCUGAGAUUGAGGUCCUUGCCCCGAGCUGCCUUUGGAGCCCACUCUUUGCUUUUUCUGCUGACGUCGGCUCCUCCAAAUCCAAACAGCACAGCAGCAACGGCAGCGACAAAAGCCGCAGCAGCUGCUGCUCAGGGUGCCGUCGAUGGAGUGAAUGGGAAAUCCGUGGACAACAGCACUCAGCAGCAGCACGCUGAUCAACCGCCCACACGCCGCAGUAGCCGACAGUACAUUCAGCUGACUCCCGUCGGCGAGGCAGUGAUGAGUGCUCAUCCCCUUAGUUCUCAGUUUGUGUUUGAAGGGGUUACAAAGGCGCUUGAAUUCUUUUUCGAGCCGCAGCAUUACGAGACGUUGCAUGCCCAGAAUCUAGGCAGCGUUUCCCAAGGCUCGCAUCAGAAACACGCCGAGACUUUAUGGCGCCUUGUCAGCAAAAUUCAUAAGAAGGCAGUGCCACUGCUGGAGAAGCAUGCAGCAAACGAUCUGCAACAGCGAAAGGAGGUUUCGGGUGGAGGAUUGGCAGAUGCGGAAGAACGGCAUCUCGUUGAAUCCCUCAGUAUCUUAGACCUCAUCAGUACAGUUGUGGCAUCCCUUUCUCGUCUAGAGGGUGCCUAUCAUGCUGCAAAGCAUCUGAUAGAGCAACGUUGCCAGCAGGAUAUGCAAAACAGAAAACAAACUGAGGACCGUGGCCUUCAGCCCGGCUACGAGAGUCGCGAGAAAUCGCUCAUGAUGCUUCAAAGAGACAGGCUUAUGUAUCUCCUCCAUGCGAAGCUCUUCAUGCAUUCAUUUGCAACUUUGUGCCCAACACUUCUGGGUGUUCAUCUGGAAGCAGCAGGGAUAACAGACUCUGCGGAACGGAGUGAACGGCUGGAACGACUACUUCGCAACAAUGGGACGGACGAAGAAUAUGAUGUUCAAAUGCGCACGGGGGAAUCUCCGUCACCUACAAUGGACCUGAAUAAGUCGUUACCGCAAGUUCGAGGAGCAGAAGAGGCAUGCAAAGGGCUGAGCAACUUCUCAUGUGUAGCAACUACUGCUGCAGCGACCGCGUGCGAUAUUCAGCAGAUCUUGGCGUUCCAUCGGAGGUCUCUCGAAAAUGCAGAAAGGGCACAGUCCGAGGACUGUGCUAUGCAAGUAGAUUCGCCAUCAUCAAACCGCAAAGACAAUUCGUGUAUGAUAGAAGCUUUUCUUAAGGAGAAACGCGAAACACUUCGAACGCUUCUUAUCAGGGGAGGCAUUGAUCCAUCCAAGGAUCAAAAGCUGGGCUCUUUAGGUGGCAACAGUCGACGUUGGCUCUGCUUCGGCGGUCAUUCGAUUGAGCAGCAACCCUACGACAGCAGCGAUGACUUCAUGCUGCACCCCUUUGUGCAGAAAGUUCGAGAAUGCCUUUUGUCUCCUCUCCAGCAGCGUACACUGCUACAGAAUCACUCCAGCUUGACUUCACACCCAAAUGACUUCGAGGAUUCAUCUAGCACUGGUUUGCAGCUGCUCCGCUUUUGCGCUGGCACUUCAGCGGCUCUCCCUCACCAUAAGCUUGCAACACUUAGGGCUGAAGGUGCAAAGCGUGACUGCGUCCCAACAGAUUGGCUUGAUAUUGGGGCGGUAGGCCGGUAUUACAAGCUCGACCCCCAACCAUCGCAAGCGAGUUCCAGUGUUCUACCCCCACACUCCAAUUCAGCUGAAGCGCUUCGCUCGAGUUCGGCAAGUUGCGCUUACCAAGAGCCUGCUGAUCGGGGGAAAACGCAGCGGAGCGGCGCGCUUCCGAAUGUAACAGGAACUCGGGAUAGUGGUUUUUGCGCAAGUGAUCCAACCGACGUCACGGCAGACCGAGACGCUGGCGCUGGUUCCGCUGGUCUCCAGAGUGGUCAAACGGUUGAGGGAAACUACGAUGUGCCUGCCAAAGGCUCAGAUGCUCUGUCUAUUACGCGACUUCUGAGGCCUGCACAGCAGCGGCCGGCUAGAGGUUCUUUCGGGCGCUCUUACUCUAUGCGAGAUGGGGAUGGACAUCCAGAAAAAGAUCCAUGGCGCGAUGGAACGACAGUUCCCGUCGCUACUACCAGAGAUACAUACAGAAGGGACUUAACGACACCAACGAACGCCCCGGCCUGGGAUGUGAUGGAGCACAAAGAUGAUACAGUGGAGAUUGUCGAGCCAAAGAUCGACAACAGCGGCAUGAACAGUGGAUCUUUAAUUAAGAGACAUCGGUUUCCUAUCGUUGGUGAGCCGGACAAGCUUGUGUCACCGGCGGACUUGCGCGUCGGCUCAACUUUCACAGCAUACGGAAAGACAUUUGCCAUAACGGGAUGCGACGCGUUCACAAGGGAGUGGUACAGGGUUUCGGGAAUGAUCCAACCAUCUAACUGCACCACAGAGUUCCCAGGCAGUACCGGUCGCUCAUACCACAGGAUGCAGAACGAGCAUCGCACAGAAAAAGUAGCAUUGAACUCAGACAAGCAAUGCAUCGACGAAUUUUACGAACGCGUUGAAAGCCCUGAGCCGGUUUGUAGAUUUAGAGCCUACUUUGACGACAAUUUCACGAACCUCCUGGAAAGACGAAUGUACACGAUAUUGUAUUUCCCCAGAGAUGAGACAUUGGAAGUUAGAGAGAACCUACCUCCUAUUGGAGGAAACCGGUUUACAAUAUUCAUCAGUAGACGGAAAAUGCUAAAAGGGAAUGUUCUAAGCGUGGGGCCAUCGUAUCCGUGCCCUCCGGAAGCAGCAUAUUUCAAGUUACUGGAUUUCAAAGUUGGUUCGGUUGUGACAAUAGCGGACCGGGAUUUUUUCAUAUACGCUGCCGACCCCUUUACUAUGUCUUACUUCAAAGACACUCUCGGCAUACAACUUCAAGAACCCAUCAAGAUUGACACUUUUGAGGUGGAAGACCAGCCAUUCACUUCUGCAAAGCUGAGAGACCACGGCAACGAUAACCCAAAGUGCUCGAAGGGAGAUCGGAAGGGAGGUCCACUGCUGAUAAAGGCCACGAUUGCAGACAUGAUAUGCCCUGAUGCCUUUGGCAGAGAAGUAGAUAUCCUGUUCUACCCCGAAGACAAAUAUGUUUCUGUCUUUGAGCCCAAAGUACAUGGGCAAAGCAAAACAGCUGGAGAGAAACUGCUCCAAAAAUCUAUAUAUUUCAAUGAAGAUGCAGGAAGACCUUUCGAGGCCUGCGAUUUUGUCGUAGGGCGCCUUUGGGACGGUCUGCGUGGAAACGAUAUCAAAUCUGGCCAAAUGUUCACCGCCUGCGAUGAGCGCCGCAAGGGGUUUUUGACAUUUCAAGAUUUCCAAAACGCACUGGAGCGCUUUGGCUACACAAUAUCUGAACAGGACGCUCUCCUCAUUUCGAGGUACUUCGACUCCACCGGAGAUGGAAAAGUUGACUAUGAAGAAUUCUGCAAAGGGAUACUGGAGCUGCAGGGGGCAUUCCUUUCCAACAGCCAGCGGCUCAAUGAAACUCUGCACAGCAAUAUUCAAGCAUACAGGGAGACAGCAAAAGGCGAAUCGACAAAGCUCGAAGAUACCAAAGCAAUUAUGCAAAGCUUCAAGCAACUUCAGGGCCGUCUGUACCAGCAGCCUCGGCUGCUCCAGUUACUGACCAAAGAGUUUUCUCGUUCGUCACUUGGGAGACAGGUUUCUGUAGAUGAAGCUGUCGAAGUUUUCUUCCGCUGUGGCUUUGAGCAGCCGCGCGAGCAGAUCAGGUCGAUACUUGAAGAAUUGUUGCCGCAAGCAAAAAAUAACGUUAUCGACUACAUUGACCUUAUCAGCGAGGUCAAGGACUGCAAGGUCCUAUUCUCCACUUUUUCUGAGAUUCAUCUCAACAGUUUGGGGGAUGUGAACCCCUGCGAAGUGCAAAGUUAA